UGUGUAAAGAAACUGUUAGAUUUGGGCUUAAACCGUUAUUUUUAAAUUUUGUUGUUGUUGUUGUUUUAAAUGAUGGUGGUGCUUGCAAGUGUGCUAAGAGGUUCUGUGUUUACCACUUACAGUUUUUCAAAUUGACCAUGAGCAACUUGAGUCAACUGAGGGAAUAAUUUUAGUAUUUAGAGGCAUGGUGGUAAUGAACCAUUUAGACAAGCAUUUGUUUUGCUAGGAGUGCAAAUGCUAAGCCUAACCUAGAAAACUUCAGUAGCACUAUGAGUCCAAAAUCCGUGGAGAUCUAACAGCAGGUGUGGAUUUUUGUGGUGAGCGGAUGAUAGAGAUGCUUACAGUAGCAAUAGCUGAAGAAAAACUAUUUUUUUACAACAGUGCUGGGAGUCUUCUGUAAGAUAAUUCUCAAGCCUAUCUGUAUGGCCAGUUGUAAGUACUGGUCAGCAGUGAUGUGUAAUGGAGGCAUUCACCAAGCCCUUCAGAUACUUCACAUGUACCUUGGGAGACAGAAUUCUGGGAGUUCAGAAGAUCACUUGGCUGCCUUGUGACCUUCAGAACACUUACAUUUUAUGGUAAAUUUCCCCAUUGUUUUCUCAAGAUCUAUUACUGGGGUUCUCUUUUUUCCCCUCUGAACAGAUGACAAAAGUGCCUGCAGAUUUCCUCUGGAAGCUUGAGUGCAGCCAGCCUUGUUUUCUGAAGCCUGGUGUGCUUUGCAUGCUGAGAGUAUUCUUUAUGUGUCUUGUGCAUAAUAGCCUACUCGUUUGCACUUGAUAGGGAAGUAGGUGUAUAUUCUGUUACAGAAAAUGAUUGGUUGAAAUAGGAAGAAACAACGGAAUGGGGCCCAGAAAAAGCCCUCUUUCUAAGUGAAUGCCUUUAGUGUGCUUAGAAUUGUGACUCUCAGUUUCUCACUUCACCGCAUUCCCCAGGCAGUCCCAGUAACAUCGGAAUAUCCACGAAGGAGAUUUGCUUAAUGGCUGGCAAAGAUCAUCUCUGGAAUCUGACCUCAAAAGUUACUGGCAAGCUAGUUUUCCUUAAUAGGUGCUGUACAGAUUCUCUGGAUAGUCUUUUAUUUUUAAAGAAGAUAAAUAAAUGCUGGCAAGAUCAUUGCAGACAAAUGAUCAUGAUCAGAAGCAUUUUCUUGUUUUUGGAUCGUACGUAUGUACUUCAGAAUUCAAUGCUUCCUUCUAUAUGGGACAUGGGGCUAGAAUUAUUUAGAAAUCAUGUCAUUAGUGAUAAGCAAGUUCAAAACAAGACAAUUGAUGGAAUCCUUCUGCUGAUUGAACGAGAACGAAGUGGUGAAGCAGUGGACAGAAGUUUGCUGCGUAGUUUGUUGAGUAUGCUGUCUGAUCUACAGGUUUACAAAGAAUCAUUUGAACAGAAGUUUCUGGAAGAGACAAAUUGCUUAUAUGCUGCGGAGGGCCAAAGAUUAAUGCAGGAAAGAGAGGUCCCAGAAUAUCUUCACCAUGUUAGUAAACGUUUGGAAGAAGAAGGAGACAGAGUGAUUACAUACUUAGACCACAGCACACAGAAGCCACUGAUUGCUUGUGUGGAGAAACAACUACUGGGAGAACACUUAACAGCUAUUUUGCAAAAAGGACUUGAUAACCUGCUUGAUGAAAAUAGAAUAUCAGAUUUGACCCAGACGUAUCAGCUGUUCAGCAGGGUAAAAGGGGGGCAGCAGAUCCUUCUGCAACAUUGGAGUGAAUACAUCAAGAACUUUGGGACAACAAUAGUGGUUAAUCCUGAAAAGGACAAGGAUAUGGUGCAAGAGCUACUAGAUUUUAAGGAUAAAGUGGACCAUAUCAUAGAAGUGUGCUUUCAGAAAAAUGAAAAAUUUAUAAACUUGAUGAAGGAGUCCUUUGAAACAUUUAUCAACAAGAGACCAAAUAAGCCUGCAGAAUUGAUAGCAAAAUAUGUGGAUUCCAAGUUAAGAGCGGGUAAUAAGGAAGCAACAGAUGAAGAGCUGGAAAGAAUCCUUGACAAAAUCAUGAUCAUAUUUAGAUUCAUUCAUGGUAAAGAUGUGUUUGAGGCAUUCUAUAAGAAAGAUUUGGCCAAAAGACUGCUGGUUGGAAAAAGUGCAUCUGUAGAUGCUGAGAAGUCCAUGUUGUCAAAGCUUAAACAUGAAUGUGGGGCUGCUUUUACCAGCAAACUGGAGGGCAUGUUCAAGGACAUGGAACUGUCAAAAGAUGUCAUGGUUCAGUUUAAGCAGUAUAUGCAGAACCAAAGUGACCCAGGAAAUAUAGACCUGACAGUAAAUAUAUUAACAAUGGGAUAUUGGCCAACUUAUACACCUAUGGAAGUUCACUUAAAUUCAGAGAUGAUUAAGCUUCAAGAGGUGUUUAAAACCUUUUACCUAGGAAAACAUAGUGGUCGAAAGCUUCAGUGGCAGACCACAUUAGGGCAUGCUGUCCUGAAGGCGGAAUUUAAGGAAGGAAAGAAAGAAUUUCAAGUGUCGCUCUUUCAGACAUUAGUGCUGCUUAUGUUUAAUGAAGGAGAUGAAUUCAGUUUUGAAGAAAUUAAAAUGGCCACCGGUAUAGAGGACAGUGAAUUAAGAAGAACCUUGCAGUCCUUAGCUUGUGGGAAAGCACGAGUAUUGAUUAAAAAUCCAAAGGGCAAGGAUGUAGAAGAUGGAGACAAAUUCAUCUUUAAUGGUGAUUUCAAGCAUAAAUUGUUUAGAAUAAAGAUCAAUCAAAUCCAGAUGAAAGAAACAGUCGAGGAACAGGUUAGCACAACUGAAAGAGUAUUUCAAGACAGACAAUAUCAGAUUGAUGCUGCCAUCGUACGAAUAAUGAAGAUGAGAAAGACUCUUGGUCACAACCUCCUUGUUUCUGAAUUGUAUAACCAACUGAAAUUUCCAGUAAAGCCUGGAGACUUGAAAAAGAGGAUUGAAUCUCUCAUUGACAGAGACUAUAUGGAGAGAGACAAAGACAACCCCAACCAGUACCACUACGUUGCAUAACGAAGAGGAAAUACUUAUUAAAAAAAAAAAAAAAACACAAAAAGAAAAAAAUCCAAAUAUAUCUUCAGGACAUCGAAUAC